AUGCGCGUGAGCGGCGAACGAGGCGAAGGCGACGCUUUCGUCUCCGAGAACAGAGACGACGACGAUGCGAAGAGGAAAAAGAAGAGGAAAAGAAGAAGAGAAAACGGAGGCGCGUUGGAGUGGAAAGAUAUCGUCGCUGGAACGAAGAAGAGCGAAGAAGACGAGUCCUUCUCGCAUCAUCAUCAUUCUUCGGAUUUUGAAGACCAAGAAGAGGAGGAAAAAGAGGAAAAAGAGGAAGGAAAAGAUCUGGACGCGUUGAUGAAAACGGUCCUCGCCGGGAGAGAAAGGAAAGGGAAGAAGAUGAAAACGGAGGAAGCGUUUAAAAAAUCGAGGAAAAGAGAAGCGUCGAGGUUGAAAAGAGAGUUGAGAAACAUAAACGUGAAGGAGAACAAUCGGAACUUUGAGAGGAUGUUCAUCGGCGAGACUCUCGUCGACGGCGUCGGGAGGAGGAGGAGAGCGACUAAUACUGCUACAAGUGCUGGUAAAAUGGAGGAUGACACUGUCGAGGACGAUGAUGUAAACAAUAACAACAACAGCGAUGAAAAGAAAGGAUGGUAUUACCCGUGCGACUGGACGUUAAAGACGAGAGCGACGUUCGCGAAGAUUUGUAGUUUGCGCGACGACGAUACGAACGACGAGGCGGAAGAAGAUUUCGACGAGGAUGAUGAUUUCGAUACAGAUGAAGAGAAAAGAAAAAUACAACAAACUUUUCUUUCCUCGUCAUCUGUAUCGAAAUCGUUCUCGUGGGUGAACGACGAACGAGGCGCAAACGCCGUCGCCGCCGGCGCGCACGAUGCUUUUUCCACGCACGGCGUCAACGGCGUCGAACCUUUAUCGAGUAAAAACUGUUCCUUCUUUUACUGUUUACCGUCCUCUUCGAAUUCAAUCAUAUCCAGCGAAAGUAACAAGAACGAUUCGAGACGAUCGGCGGCUAUGCAACGCGCAACGAUAUCGUUUCAGUAUCCGGAUUCGCGAUUGCCGGCGCACGCGAUUGAUAAAAUGAAUAUUUCCUUCAACAACAACAAAGACUUAAAGUCGUCGAGUGCGGCUACGAACGCGUGGUUUCGCCAACGUUCCAAUCAGUGGACGGAAGCUUUGAGUUCCGCCUACGGACGAUUGAGGUCGUAUUUUAGCUAUUCCUUUUACGUCGCGUACGAAGACAGACGCAUAUUCUUCGCCUGUCCGGGAUUAGAUGGUAGUUUUUCGAGCAAUAGCUUUAAAGAGAACAAUAACACAAAAGACGACGACGACGACGACGUAAACGACAAAAACGACGAUAAAAACAACAACAUCAGUCAAGGUUUCGCCGUCAUCACCAACACGAACCAAAAACUGCGAGAUAUUUUGACCAAGAAUGGCAUCCCGUUCAAACCGGUCUUUGUCACGCGGGACGGUAAAGGCUUCAGCGUGAACGAUAACCGAACGAAAUCGGAUAAAAUGAAGAAUAAGAAGCACUUGCUGUUUGGAGGCGACGCAAAUUUAUUCGAUGUCGACGACGACGACGACGAAGAAAAAGAUAACGAUGAUGAAGGAGAAGAAGAAGAAGAAGAAGGAGAAGAUAACGAUGAAGAUGAUGAUGACGGGAAAGAAAACGCGGAGAGAGAGAACAAAAAAGCGAACCUUCAACAAAGCGGCAGUCAAGAAGAAGGAAACGACGGAGAUAAAGUCAAAGACGAUGUUAAAGGCGAGGAAGACGGAUGCGACGACGGAUAUAUCACGAACGUCGUCGGGAAAGAGAAUUCUGUGAAGAAAAAGAAGAACGACGAUGCUCUGUUAAAAAACGCCAUACAUCCAACCUUUAUCGACGCUUGGAACGAAUCCAAACGAAAAAUCAAACUGAAAGAAGAGCAAGAAAAGAAUAAAGUAUUCGAACGGUUCACUCGAGACGGCGCGAUUCUUGUUCGAGGCACGUUAGCCGUGCACGGUUUAGUCAACGUCUUGUUACAGUUUCGAGGGCAGGAUCCAGGCGACGUGAAGGUGACGGAACAGACGGUCAUGGACGCCGAAGCGUUGGCGUUGGCGCGAAUGAAUACUUUUGCUGAGAAUACCACCAACACCAACACCAACACUAAAAAUCUGACGACAACGAAAGCGGGCAGCAGCGCGAUGAUAUCUUCAGACGUUGGCGCUAUUCUCGCCCCGAGACCAUUUACUAACUGUUUCACGAAAUCGUUCGAGUUGAGGCCGAACAAAGUCGCCGUGGCGAGCGAAACAAGCAAAUCGAAGCUCAUGCGUUUAUGGACCUUGGAUUUAGGAUCUAAUAGUAAUAGCAAUAACAACAACACUAGCGAUAGCUAUAGCGAGAAAAAAAACAAGAUGAUGAUGAGGACGACGAAUUCCGAUCGAAAAAAUUGGUGCGACCCGUGCGAUUUGAUACCUCCGUGGACGAUGGCGAGAGUCUGUCGAGUGUUGUCCGCGGAAGAUGAUUUUUUUGGUAGCAACGACAACGAGAGAGACGACGACGACGCGAUGAUGGACGACGAUAAAACCAUCGCGAACGAGGACGACGACAAACAGAAGAAGAAGAACAAAAACAAUAAUACGGUGAAGCAAAACAUCCUCCGCGAGAACAAAAACUCGAUUCGUUUGUGGUUGGAUACCGACCCGUGCUCGAAAGUGUUGAACGCCUCGGUCGCCGCCGCGCGGUUGAUGAGCGAGGAAAGUUUCUCGAGACGUUUAAUAAGAAGUACUUCAAAAGCAGCUCAACAAAAGAAGCCCGAGGAUGAAAAGAAAGUCUCUCCUCCUUUGAAACCUCGCGACGAGGCUUUUGGCGACGAAGACGAGAAACGCUGGGCGUUUUCGUUUUCGUCGAAUAAUCGAAGAAAUCGUCGCGCCAACGAUUUCGCGGCGAAAAGCAACAACAACGAUACCGGCAUCGUUCAGUCCUUAGAGCUCAAGAAGAAAGCCUUCGUAGUAGAAGUCGCGUGCGCUCGCUCCUGGAAAUAA